CGUCACUGCUGCCUGUUUCAUCCCCUCAUCCUCUCAUCCCACAUCAUGGAAGCUCGAGGGUUAACCCUUCGCAGCAAGUCGCGCCGUCCUCGUCCUCAGAUCAGUGCCCCGAAACCCAUCUCCGGCCCGCUGCCCCCGACCCAUACAGACAUCGCUCCUAGCUCGACUACGGCUGCUUCCUUAGUCCCAAGUUCGCAAGAAUAUGCCUCCUCAAAGGAUGCGACGUCAGAUCUAGUGAAGCGCAGAUAUUCCACCCGAUUCAACCAGGCCCCAGAAUUCGAUUCCGGAGCUGCUCCCCCGGUUCCUAGUGUACCCCAGGUUCCCGCCGCCUUUGCAGGUCUCAGUCCUCCCCAGGCGAGCACGAAACCGUCUGCAGAAUCAUCUGGGCCCCCGGAAGUUGAUCUGACUGCAUUGAGGGAUCCAAGCUUGCCAGUCGAUCGAUAUGUCGCCAAUCUACUCGCCAACGCCUCGGAGGAAGAGAUCAGACAGUACCAGCAGAGUUUGAAAAAAGUGAAGAACCGAACGUCGACCGAUCUCCAACAAAAUGUGUAUCAAAACCGUACCCAAUUCAUCAGGAUCAGCCAGGAGGCCGACAAACUCAAGGGGGAAAUGAGGACUCUUCGGGCCUUGAUGGCUGAGCUCACCACCGCUUUAGGACAGACAACUAUCGGCAAUGCACCAAACCCCAUGUCCCCUACAGUAGACGAGCGGCUACCCAAGCGAAAUGCCAACCGCAGCUCCGUCGCCAAUCUUGAGAGCAUGUGGAACGUUCAGCUUCAGACCUUGUGGAAGACCGUGGAGGGAUCGCAAAAGUUUCUUCCCAUGGUUCCUGGUCGGCAUAUUGUCCUGGAGACGGGAAACUGGGUCGAGCUAGACUCUGCGACGUGGAAACCGAGACGGCCUGUUCACAUUGUGCUUCUCAAUGACCAUCUCUUGGUGGCAGCCAAAAAGCGGAAACGAGUCGACCAGAGCAAGUCGAACCAUCGCGGCCCUGUUCCCACGAAGCUUGUUGCUGAAGAGUGCUGGCCGCUUCAAGACGUCGACAUGAUUGAUCUAGGUGCUAACCUCGGCGCCGGGCCCGUUCGCGAAAAUGCUGAGGACCGUGGCAUUUCAAAUGCCAUUAACGUCCGCGUGGGCUCAAAGCCGUUCACAUAUCGCCAUGAUAAACGGAGUAGUUCGGCGAAAAUUGAUCUUCUCGCUACGUUUCGCAAGACUGUGGAGGAUCUUCGACGGACACUGCGCUCUGAAACAGAGGCAGCUGGCAAGAAUACCGAGUCGCUUGGCUACAUGAACUCAAGGAAUUCCACCUACGCACCAACCCCAGAGCCUUACGAAAAUAAAGAGACCUUACGCGAUCGCCCCGAGGUCCGGAUUGACGUCGACGGCAAGCAACAAAAUCUGCGGUGGGUUGAUAGCCAGGUGGAUGAGCUUGAUAUCGAUAUUGCCCUCCAGCGAUCUGAGGAAGCUGUGUCCAAUAUCGAGCGGCUACGAAAGCUCGCCCGGGGGCUGAAAGGAAAUACCGUUGCUCAGGAGGUGAUCAAUGCGAAGGUCGACGAGCGAGCCGCCAAGCUAGCGGGUGUGUUAUCUCGAUCUCUAGUCGACACUCACUCAUUCCCCACAUCGACAAAGACUAAUGUCACUUGGCUUACUCGUCUGGGCUUCGAGGAUCAGGCUCGGGAAGUCUACCUGAACGCGCGAUCGGAUGUUAUUUCGAAACGAAUCCGCGCAUGCAUAUUCGAAGGCGACCUCCCGCUUUACAUAUUCCAAAUAUCCUACGUCUACUUCACGCUCAUCAAAAACACCGUCAGCAUCUAUCAACAGUGUUUUCCAUCGGUGAUGACCAGCGCCUGUAUCAAAUGGGCAAAGCAUCACUUGGAUGGAUUCAAUGCCCUCCUUACCCGGCAAUUAAGCAGCGUGCAACGCGGUACUACCGUUUGGCAGAAAUGUAUCGAUGUUGUGCACGAGCAGGCUGGUCUCCUAGCCGAAGUCGGUGUUGAUUUCAGCGAUCUGGUAGCGAAGGGUUUAGAAAUGACGGACGAAGAGAAAGCCGACAGACCGCAGAUGACUCGCUCAGAGUCUUUGAUAUUAGGUCUAUCUGAUGGCCCUAAGGAAUAAGAAAGAAAGAGACGGAAUAUAAUUGUAUAUGAACCUGUUUUGUUCAAGGGAUUGGGUUCCCCCCCCCCCCCCCC